AUGAAUACAAAAUUAUACAGCUUGUUUGUUUUCAUAUGUUUAAUAAUAGUUUAUUGUGCUACUGUUCAGGGAAGUAAGGACAAUGGAAAAAAUGGGGUAUAUGAAUUAAAGAUGAUUAAAAAGAAACAUAAAAAAAACAAUAAAGACAAUAAACACGUACAAAGAGCUGGUGAGGAUGAGGACGAAGAUGAUAAUAUAGAAUUUUAUAUAAAUUAUAAAUCUAAUAAAGAUUAUACAAAUUUAGUUAAAGAAGAAGAAAAGAGAAAUGAAGAGGUCAAACGUUUAUCGAAAAUGCAUAAAGCUUACACCCUUGGCAUGUCCACAAUAAUUUUUUUAAGUACGUUAUUCUUAAUUAGAGAUUGCGUUCUGGAAAGUAUUUCACGUCCGGAUUCUUAUAUUAGCCAAUUCAUAAAAAAAAGAAUAGAUAAUAAGUAUAAAAAGGCAUAA